GAAGUUUCAAUCGAGAAUCUAUUUUUACAGGUCUUUCUUUUGGAUUGAGAGCAGAUAAUUUUCCCCUUUUUGAGUUGUGCUUUUUCAAGAUGGAAAGAUGCAAAUGUCAUCCACACCAAACAUCCUGGGAGAUUGGUUUGAAAGCUGAUGAUUGGGAUCAUGGAAAAAACAGGCUGACUGUGAAUUGCCAGAAGCCUGACUGCGAGGCAAGCUUGGUUGGAGGCUUCCUUAGCAAUGCUUUAAUUAGGUGACAGCAGCAGCAGCAGCAGCAGCAGCACCACCAUUGUGGAUCAUGUUUUUCUACUCCUUUUUGUGAUGGCAAUGUUUGUUGUAGCAGAAGAAUGUUGGUAUGAUUAUCACUAUUUCAUUCUUUGCUGUUAUAAUGUAACUGCAAUUGAAGUUGUGAAGGAACGGGGUUAGGCGUUAGGGUCCUUGUAUUCCAGUCUAGUUGUGGGAAUGCUGUUAAUAUAUCUUUUUGCUUUUU